AUGGUUGAAAUGGUUUUUUCCUCCUAUGAAAGGAUGCAAGUGCCGGAUCUUCUGCAGGACGUCAAGCCUAUUCCCGGGUUGCCGGAGAGCGUUGACGGAAUGAGCUCCAACUCCCCAUCAACACACGCAGCAAUUCAGGAGGAGGAGGCGAUGGCUCUGGCGUCCGUGACGUCGGAACCUUGCUUUGUUUUUGACUCCGAAUUUCUUGUGGAAAAGCUGCUUUUCGACGAAGAAUGUAGUAAUUGCUGUGAUGGCAACAGUGCGGAUGUACACAACGAUAAUACGAGUAAGCGAGACAAAAU